GUUCGAUUAUAAAUUCUGUUCUUUUUAAUAACGCACUCAUUUUUAAAAGCCGUUGUCGUAAACUUAGUCACCGUGCAACCUUCACCUUCCUAACCUACUAUUAUUUUCACUAUUUUUAGAUACUUUUCUGUUUUCUGUUUCUGUUGUUUUUAUUAAUUAUUGCUAUUAUCAUGUGUAUGUUGAUAAGAUAAACGCAUUUUAACAUUUCAAAGUUGCGCCUUUACGAAAUCGUCCACACGUUCAAGAGCAAACACUUGAAAAAUAUUAACAAUGUCUUUCGUCGGAAAGGUAAUACUAAUAACCGGCGCCAGCUCGGGCAUCGGCGCCGCGACGGCCAAGCAUUUCGCCAGCUUGGGCGCCACCCUGGCGCUCACCGGCAGGAACAUGGACAAUCUCAAACAAGUCGCUUGCGAAUGCUCCACCAAAUCCAUUCCGUUGCUUUUAACAGCCGAAUUGACCAACGAAAACGAGACCAAGGCACUCUUGGACAAAACCAUCGAUCACUUCGGAAGAUUAGACGUUCUAGUAAAUAAUGCCGGUGUCAUAGAAACGGGAAGUAUUGAAAAUACAACCCUCGAGCAAUACGAUCGUAUGAUGAACAUCAAUGUCCGGUCGAUUUACCUGUUGUCAAUGUUGGCUGUUCCCCAUCUGAUCAAGACCAAAGGCAACAUUGUGAACGUUAGCAGCGUCAACGGAAUUCGAGCUUUCCCCGGUGUUCUGGCCUAUUGUAUGUCCAAAGCUGCCGUGGACCAGUUUACGAGAUGCACGGCUCUCGAUUUGGCUCCCAAGCAAGUCAGAGUAAAUUGCGUCAAUCCAGGAGUGACUGUUACUAAUUUGCACAAAAGAGGUGGAAUGAACCCUGAACAAUACGAAGCAUUCAUUAAGAGGUCCCAAGAAACUCACGCUUUAGGUAGGCCCGGUCAACCCGAAGAAGUGGCCAAAACGAUAGCAUUCUUGGCUAGCGAAGAUGCUAGUUUCAUCACAGGGGCUAGUUUACCAGUGGAUGGAGGCAGGCACGCCAUGUGUCCUCGUUAAUUAUAGUUUGUAGUUAUUGUUUUCAAUUUGGUUUGGGUCAUAAAUAUUUGUUAAAAUUUUUGUUUUAUAUAAAUAUUAAAAUUGAUUUUUUAACGUUUAUUUUAG